AUGUCAUUUGGUUGGAGCGCUGGAGAUGUUUUCGCCGCAUCACAACUCCUCUGGAGCUUAUACAAGGCUUUAGACAGAAAAGAAGGCGCGCCAGAACACUACCGAAGGUCUGCAUCAACUCUGAGGACCAUUCAGUUUCGACUACGGUACCUAAGAGAGGUGGUGGGAGAGGACACGAGCCCGGACCCCCUGACUGAGACCGAGGAAGCCAGCUUGCUCGAAAGUAUGGAUAAAGAUGACAUCCGCUACAUUGUUGUCGGCCUCAAAGUUUCAGUCGGAAAGCUUGAAGCCCUGGUAGCCAAGGGUUGUAACUUGGGCCUGGAUCCGGCCAACAAGAAACGUCGUCGCGACUGGCCGAUGGAUCAGAUCAACAAGCUGCGCUGGUACACACUAAAUCAGGGCGAGGUGGAUAGUUUGAUUCAGCAUAUACUGGAACUCACCGCUCCCCUAUCGGAUUUACAUGAAAAAAUCAGCACUGCUUUUGUGAAAGAGCUGGCGGCUAACCAAGGGGUGUACCACGAAACACAGUUGAAAUAUCUCAAGGCCAUUGUGGAACAGAUGACUGUGAUUGCAACGGGGCCUGCGCAGAACCGACUGUUGAAUCUAAACAAGAGUGAGGAGGAGGAACGACAAGUGUCAUUGCUCCACACUGGUCCUGAGCUUGGCAUUCCUCCGGCAGCUGAGCCUGAGCCAACGGUUGGGCCAGCGCUCUCUCAUCUCACGAGUAUUGCUCAUGAGAUUAUGAGUGCGGGCCUGCAAACAAGGGUGAUGAACUUGAAAGCUGAUCACCACGUCAAAAACACCUUCAGCAAUUGGUACAAAGGGACAAUCCCGCCGCGUUUGUGGCUACAAGGUGAUCAGGCUGGCACCGUUAGUGCCAUAGCCUACAUGGCCGCUCGAGACCAAAGACGGCCCACCAUUGCCUUCUCGGGACGCCAUGCUGCCGGUGGCCGACUACUCACGGACAAAGAGAAGCUAUACCGGAUGAUAUACUCGCUCCUCUUUCAGCUGCUGCAGCAAUUGGGGGAUAUCCCCACCCUAGCCGUCACCGGCGUGGACCGGUUAUUUACCGAUCUUCAACUUUCCAUGGAGAGCAUGCCACUGGCACUCCAGUACAUGCGCUACUUCUUCAGUUUACUGCCAGAGUGCAUCGUCGUUGUGGACGGGUGGCACUUUAUCAGCCAGGAUGCAGGGGAGCACGUACAACAGACUCUCAAUACUUUCUUGGACUUAUUUGAAAAGCCACAGGAGAAUACAGGGGACGAAUAUUGGUGCAUUAGGCUACUUCUCACAUCACCUGGGAACUCGUCAAUGCUUCGGGAGCUAGGGCAAGCAUAUGUGCACGAUUUUAAUCUCAGGGGUCGACUUAACACUGGGGCAAAACUAUACACAAUCCUGCUCGGCAUGGACUGGUAA